AUGGGCAGCCUCCACGGGGUGACAGAAAGGGAGAGGCACAAAGUGCGGGCGUCGGAACGCAUAAAAAACCGUGAGAACGACAAUCCAAUUUUGAAAUUGGAUCUCGGCGCCUCGCCAGCUGAAUUCGCUGCCGCACGUGGCGAAGCCUCCGUUUUACGGGAGGUUCUCCAAAAGGCGGGGUAUUACAGUGACGUUCAUCACCACAGCCGCGCCCGGCAGCUGCAGAGGAGCAGGGGCCCGCUGCAGUCCCCCAGGGCACUGUCUGUCUCCCACAGGGCACUGUGUCCCCCAGGGCACUGUGUCCCGCCGGGACCGUCCCCAGCCACCAUCACCACCCCGGCCCGCCCGCGCCGCUGGCCCGGAGACCGUGACGUCACAGCGGCCACGCGGGCCCCCCUGACCAAUCAGCGCGCCCCAGAGGCCCAGCUCGGCGACCCAAUCGGGCGCCCCGCCACGCGGUGCGUCACCGGCCACGCACCGCGGGCCGUGGCCAAUGGGAGGGCGCCGCGGCCCGUCCGCGCUGACGUCGCGGAGCGGACGGAGAGGCGUAGGGCGCCUGCGCGUGGGUUUCCGUUCCCGCCGGCGCGCGCGCGUGGCGGGCGCGGGAGGGAGCGCGCGGAGGGUGCGCGUGCGGGGGCGCGAGGCGGCGGCACCGGCGGCACCGGGCCCGGCGCGAGGCGGGACUCCCGCUCCGCCCCCCCCGGGAGCGCCAGGCGGGGGCAGCGCCCGCUCCCCUCCCUCCCCCCGCGGCGGCGGGGGAGCGGCCCCGCCCGGGCCCGCCCGUGA